AUGUCAACCGAAGAAGCCGGCAUAAGGACGCAGGCACAGUUGCUUGACACAGAACUUAACAAGUACAUGUCCACGAGGACGCAAGUUUGGGACUUGGCUAAUGUGGUAAAACUGGGUAACAAGUUAACAGAAGAUCAGAUUCAAAAGAUACAGAGUUUAAAGGCAGACAUAAACAGAAGCGAAGCAUUCCUUAAGUUGAACUUGAGAUCACAACAAUUAGAAUUCCGAACGAUUUAUGAACAGAACAAAGACGUUGAAGAAAUCGUUAAUGAAAAAUUGCAAUCCAAAUUGUCAGAAAUAGAAGCCCAAAAUGCGAAGCUACAGUCUCAAGUUGACACAGUUUCGGAGCUGAUCGAUAAAAGAAAUCAAAUUACCGACUUGUUAAACCUUUUUAUUUCGGGAAAUCAAGAUUUGGAAUUGUCCAAAGAUGAACUAGAGAAAACGUUCCAAGGGUACGACAUGGAACCAGUGUACAAAAUGGCAAAAAGAUCAGGAAAGAUUUACAGGUUCAGAAAACUACACUUGAAAGAAUCAGUGCAGCAAUUGAAUGCAAAAAUCAAGGACAAAGAGGCUCAAAUUCAAAAAUUAAAAGCAAAUAUCAGAGAAAAGAAAGCUAGGUGGGACAGGUUGUCAAAAAUAAUAGCCUCCAACUUGGAGAGUUUAAAGGAAGAUCUGGUAACAGAACUUCGAUAA